CACUAAGUACCAAAUACAGGCACUAAACCUUAGAUAAGAAAUGUGGCAAAUUUAUUUCUCUGCCAUUAGUUUGAAAUGAGAAACGUGUUGGUUUUCCUCUUAAUAUGUUUUGUGGAGAUCGUUUACUGCAGAGAUUUUUACUUUGGCAUGUUUGAAAGAAAUGAUUUUUUGGUAGCAGCCGAUGAAUUGUACAAGCCGAGGAUGCCUGGGAGAAUAACUUAUGCGAAGUAUGGCAAGCUGUUCAAAUGCCCGAUAACCUACUUUAGAGUAGUAGAUCGCUUAGGCAGCAAUGCCAAUCCUAGAGUUGAAAUAAUCAGAGGCGGAAUCAUGAAGAAGUUCAUAGUCGUGCGUCUUUCGGUCUACAAUAGACCGAUAUCCGUCAAUAUUUACGUUGGGUGUCAUAACAAGAAUAAUAAACAUGUUACUUAUAAACGACGUACAACCAAGAAACCUACGACAGCUGCUACAGAAGAAGAUGCGUCUAAAGAAGAAGAGGAAACAGUAGAUAAAGAAACAGAGGCCGCUACAAAACAAGAAGAAGCUACAGAUGCGGAUGCGGAAACAACACAACAAGAAGAUAACUCUACUAAAGCAGAUGAAGCAGAAGAGUCUACUAUAGGAGAAGGAGAACAAGUAACUAAAACAGAUGAAGCAGAAAAUCCUAAGGCAGAAGGAGAUGAAACACCCAAGCCUGAAGGAGAAGAUGAAACACCUAAGCCAGAAGGAGGAGAUGAAGAACCUCAACCAGAAAAAAAGAAAUGAUUUUCUAAACUACUUUUAUGAAUGAAAAGACUUCAAUAAAUUUGGAAGCAACUUCAAUAAAUAAUUUUUAAUAUUUUCAUAUUUUUCGAUAUAACAUAGUACAUAGAUUAGUAUGGACCAUCACUGAACAGCACCGGUUCGAUAAAUCUAAAUUUAUUAAUAUACCUGAUUUAUUAAAAUGUAUUACCAAAUUUAAUUAUCAAUGUCGCUUUCUGAAAUAUUGCUUUCUGAAAUUUAAAAAAAUAAAGAAUAUUAUUAUUAUUAUUAUUA